AUGAAAAUGCAUAAAGUGACAUUCUUAGCAUCAGGAAUAAGUGGUAUAUCAUUGGUAGUAUGCCUUCUUGCUAUCUUAAUGAUUUACAACGAUGUACAAAAAGCAUGGAAUCAUCUGGAUUCAGAAAUCAGUACAUUCAGAAUAACAACAGAUGAUUUAUGGAAAGAUAUAAUGCAACUUGGCUGGAAAAAGCGAUUUCGACGACAGCAUGGUGACACGAAUGAAUAUGAUAGCGGUAACAGAGAUAAAUCAACCGUAAUUUCGUUUCAACCUGAAACUACAACAAUGGGAAAUCAUGACGGCGCACGUUUUGAUCAAUACGAAAGUCUGACUGGAAUUGCGAUUGGCCCAAGUUCAACACCUUCCUUUCCUGAGCGAUCAAAUUUAUUUGGUCCAUCCAAGAGCAAUAAUGGCAAAUGUGAAUGUCGUAUCGAUAAUAACUGUCCAGCAGGUUUGCCGGGUCCCAAAGGAGUACCUGGUCAUAAAGGAGAAGAUGGACUACCAGGUGAGGAUGGUAAGCCUGGUGCCGAUGCGAUGGAUGUUGAAAAAAGCCAAACUAUGGCAGGUUGCUUCAGAUGCCCAGCGGGUCCUCAGGGUGCACCAGGAGCUUUGGGACGUCCCGGACCACGUGGAUUAAGUGGAAACAAAGGUCGAGCUGGUUUACCAGGACGAAAUGGGAGAACUGGUCUACCUGGGGAGCCUGGACCACCAGGACGCCGUGGUGCUGACGGACCAGCAGGACCACAUGGUAUGAAAGGGAAAAAUGCAGAGCAUCCGGUAGGUCUCCCUGGCUUGAAGGGUGAGCCGGGAGUACCAGGGCCAAGAGGACCACCUGGAGUUAAUGGCCGUAAUGCUCCACCCGGCGUUACUGGUCCUCCAGGACCACCUGGAAAUCCUGGACCUGAAGGGCCACAGGGAACCAUCGGACCAACCGGUGAAGUUGGACUUCCAGGACCGCCAGGAAAAGAUGCUGAAUACUGUCCAUGUCCUAAACGUCAGGAAAGUGCGAAUGGCUAUUCAAAACAGAAAUGA